CGUCCUUAACCCACGCAGCUUUCUUUGCCUCUUCUCACCUUCUGUUUACCAUAACCCUUUUCCUCAAUUUUCUCGACCUUUGUACUGCAGCUGUCGCUAGCUACAAGAACAAGAGCCGGGAUCAAAUGACGAAGAUCUUUUCAUUCGGAGCCCACGUUGCUUUCACCAUUCUCCUCCUAUUGUCGGCAGUGAUGUUGGGUUGCGACGGACUUCGGAUGAAUCCUCAUCCUUCAAGCUCCCGUGAACAGGCGGACGUCAACGGAGACCACGUCGACAGCGUCGCGAAGGAAAAGACGAAGGGAGGAGUCGGGGCGGAGCUGUUGCCGACGGGGUCGAGCUUGCCGGACUGCUCUCACGCGUGCGGGCCGUGCAUGCCGUGCAAGAGGGUGAUAGUGAGCUACCGGUGCACGACUGAGUCGUGCCCGGUGGUCUACCGGUGCAUGUGCAAGGGCAAGUACUACCACGUCCCUUCCCAUUAAUCAAGGCCGGCCGGCCGGCGGGGGGAUCGGGAUUUAUCAUAGUUCCGGGCCCGUUUAAUUCGCUUAGAAUUUGCUUCCGCAAUCGACUUCUGAAAAUGUCUGUGCAUGUAGAUACUUCGAGUGAGCUUUUCUUCCUAUUAUUUUCCGAAUGAGCAACCCCA